CCGAGAGAGGAAAAAAAAAAAAAAAAGCAAUAGUGCUGUUACAUAAACCCAUCACUAUUUGCAAUGAAUGUUUAAGGCAGGUAGAGAACAGGAUACUGAACAACAGAAGGGGGUUUUUCACAGCAGUUCGUACAGCGUGGGUUAACUUCUUUAACUUCUCGUUCCCCGCAGCCUGGCUGGAUCCCUGCUGCUCCUGCAGGGCAGGGGCUGCGCUCGCCGUGCUCAGAGCUUGCUGUGCCGCCGUGCAGGUGCUGCUAUCCGCGCCUCCUCCGAGAGAUGGGCGGGACGGGGGCACCGCAUUCGAUUCGAGUCGAGUAUUCCACCUGCACGCCUUCGGCACGUUUCUCCGCAGCCGCGACUCCGGGCCGCCGCCCGCCCGUGCCGGAGCCGAGGUCCGGCAGCCGCAGUUCCCGCCCCCGGCUCCCGGCCCCGCCUCCCCCCGCCCAGGGCCGCCGCGGUUUCCCUUCCGGAGUCAGCGCCGCUCCCCCGCCCGCCGGGUUCGCUUCCGGCUCCGCGCGGGGCCGUUCCUGGCGCCGCCGCCGAGGGGAGCGCGGGGCCCAUGGAGCCGCGGCUGUGAGGCGCCCCGGCCCGGGCCCGCCGCGGGAGCCGGGCGGCGGCCGGAGGAGAUGGACAAACUGACCGUCAUCUCAGGAUGCCUCUUCCUGGCCGCGGACAUCUUCGCCAUCGCCAGCCUGGCCAACCCCGACUGGAUCAACACCGGCGAGUCCGCGGGUGCUCUCACAGUUGGCCUUGUGCGACAGUGUCAAACCAUCCAUGGACGUGACAGGACCUGUAUUCCUCCACGGCUGCCUCCUGAGUGGGUCACUACGUUAUUUUUCAUCAUAAUGGGAAUCAUUUCACUAACUGUCACAUGUGGUUUGCUGGUGGCUUCCCACUGGCGAAGAGAAGCUACUAAAUAUGCCCGCUGGAUAGCUUUCACUGGAAUGAUUCUAUUCUGUAUGGCAGCCCUAAUAUUUCCAAUAGGUUUUUACAUCAAUGAAGUCGGAGGUCAACCAUAUAAAUUACCCAAUAACACAGUGGUUGGGUCUUCGUAUGUACUGUUUGUCUUAUCCAUUUUCUUUACAAUAGUUGGACUCCUAUUUGCUGGCAAAGUUUGUUUACCUGGCUGAUGAAUGUUGAACUGCAGGACUUUGUUUUGGAAAAGAGCAAGACAUCAGAAUUGCAUUCUCAGGAGGAUGCCUAGAUGUGACUAUCAAACACUCACUGAAAAGAGGAAUGCUUUGACUUUUUUUCACUAUGCACUUUGGAUUAAAAAAAAAAGGAGAGCCUUUCCCAUAACCAAAUACAGACAACGUUGACUAAUCUCCUGAGCAUAUGUAAUGCAGUCAGGUCUGCACUGUGAUAGGAACUAGUGAAGAAUGCUUUACACUGAGAAGCAUAAUUCCCCAUGUUACUGUACUGUUCUAGUUUUUAACGUCUAAUGAUUUGGGAGUCAAAGUAUUUAUGAACUUCGUGGUAGACCAGAGGGUUGCAGAGAAAUGCAAGCGAGGCUGGCCUCGCUGUGUAGGAGAUUAGUAUUUUACAUCCUCUGUCUCAUGAGCAAAGCCUUUGGCACCGGUAUGGAUCAGUCUUUCAUUGCUGCACCAAGAAGCCAAUAGAGCAAACGUUCUCUAAAAUGUAUGUACCAUCAAGAAGACAUACAUCCCCUCCUCCCCCAUAAGCUGUAGAAAAACACUAAAGAACAUUUUAGA